GUUCUCAUGUAAGCAUCGCAUAUUCAUUUCCUAGUUGUUAUUUAGUUUGUUUGGUAUAAACUCGACUUGCGUGCCACUGACCAUUGAAUAAAAUUCAGGACUAAUGGCCUACUAAAUAUCACCUUUAACAUAAAAAGUUGGGAAGCCGAGAUUUGAUGCCCAAGUUUGAAACAGAAGUGCUGUGAUAUCCGGAUGGACCAAUCAUGUGUAUUCGGACUAAAUUUAAGACUGAAGUCUUGAAAAAUGUGCCUGUUUUAGUUUUGUUGUUUGCUGCUUUCAUCAAUACCGUGCAUUCUCAAAGCGAUGAAAUAGUUGACCUUAUCACCGAAGCAAACUUAUGGUCUGAACCCGCUGGUAUUAAGCGAAUACUGGGAAGAUGCUUGAACAACACCCAGGACCGGGAGCCGGAUAAAGAAGAAUGGGCAUACAGAUUCGGAGAAGGGGCCCAAGUUUCCCUUAAUACGCAUGACCACUUCUCCAAGGGCUUUCCGUCGAAUUUUUCGAUAUUAAUUGUGGCAAGGCCAAAACCAGGUCAAAUUUAUUCCCUGUUCACUCUGUACAGCGAGGAAGGGGAUGAGCAACUGUCAAUAACCGUUGGAAGAGAUGUGAGCGUGUAUUAUGAGGACACCGACGAAAUGCCUUUGGAGGGAAAUCACAUCCCCUUUGAAGUAUCCCUGGACGAUGGACAGUGGCAUCGUUUAGCCUUUAGUUUCAAAGGCGAUUCAAUUACAUUAAUAAACGACUGUGUGAAUUCAAUUACAAAAUCUCUGAAACGGAAAACAACGUCGAAAUUAAGCACCUCAGGGAUAAUAAACGUAGGAUUUCAGUUGGCCAACGAAGGAUAUUAUGAUGGUGAUGUACAACUUCUAAAAAUCGCAGAUACCCCAGACGAAGCAUACGAACUUUGCACCAAACACGCCCCAGAUUGCGGUUCUGGCAUUAGAACCUCCCAUAGCAGCAGUUCUUAUUCCUAUAACUCAAACAAUGGACAGGGAAGCUACAGUGAAACGAGCAGUAAAAAAAGGAAAGGUUCCAAAUCCAAGAGUGGAAGGAAGAAAAAUGGAUCAAAGAAAAAAAAUAAGAAAUCUGAUGUGGCAGUUGAAGCUGAAGAAAGUUUAAUAUCCCAGGGGCUGUCGGUUAUAAAUCAAAACGAAAAUGUUACCAAGGAAAGAGAAUCCAAUUAUAAUGGAGAGAUAGAUUUAAAUGGUUUAAAUGAAUAUAUACUAAAAAAUAACGGUGGGAAUUAUGUUAUAAGUGAAGAAAACAGCGCUUCUUUAGCUAUCGACCAAAGUUCAUUGGGUAAUAUAAGAGGGGAUAUAGAUUAUGAUAUCACAACUGAUGAAACCAGCACUACUGAUGUAAACGAGUCAAUGGAUAAUAGUACGGUUUUUUCUACAAUAUCACCAAACGAGUCGGUUACAGAAGAUCCAAGUGUAUACGAUGCAUCUCCAAUGGAUCCGAAUUAUGGGUAUUAUCCUGCCCCAUACAACCCCAACAAAGGACCCCCAGGACCAAGGGGGUUCAGAGGCCCUCCAGGAGAGACAGGAGAAACAGGACCCAAGGGUGAUCCAGGAAGAGAUGGACUGGGAGGCACCUCUGGAAUACAAGGUCCUCCUGGACAUGUUUUUAUGAUCCCACUAAACGCGCAUGGAAACGAGAAAGGACCAGACACCCAAGCGGAAACGUUCAGACAAAUGUUGUCGCAGCACAUGAUGGCCAUGCGGGGAAUCGAAGGACCGAUGGGUUUAACGGGCGUUCCCGGCCCACAAGGACCGACCGGUUCUGAAGGACCAAAAGGAGAAGCUGGGGAAAUUGGCGAACCGGGUCCAAGAGGAGAACAGGGACCGACAGGCCCCCCUGGCAGAGAGGGCCGUCGUGGACGUCCAGGACGUGACGGCGAAAGAGGUUUAACCGGCCUCCCGGGAAACAAAGGAGAACAAGGUUUGAUAGGACUUCCGGGUCUGCCUGGAGACAAAGGGGAGAGAGGGGAACGAGGUAUACCAGGGGAAACGGGUCUACCGGGUCACGAGGGCAUGCAGGGAGAAGAGGGGCAACCCGGUUUACCGGGACUUACCGGCGAACAGGGCCCGAGAGGCUUCUCGGGGCCGAGAGGUAUUCCCGGGAUCCAGGGUCCCCCGGGGAUUCCCGGUAGCGAAGGACCAGCAGGGAAUAAGGGGCAUCCCGGACCGAUAGGUCAGCCUGGGGCGCCGGGUCAACCGGGAUCUCAGGGGGCUUCCGGCCCGCCGGGGCCCCAAGGAUUCAUGGGACCUCCGGGAAUAAUGGGUCCAAUGGGUAAACCGGGGAUUCCCGGCCUUCCAGGGGCCGAAGGUUUGCCGGGGAUAAACGGGCUACCGGGAACUCCAGGGCUAAAAGGGGAGCACGGACCGCCCGGUCCGCAGGGGUCCAUUGGUUUCCCCGGGUCUCGUGGCGUUAAAGGGGACGAAGGUAAAAGGGGAGUGAUUGGAGAGAAGGGCGAAAAGGGAGAAAGAGGAUUGGAAGGCGAUAAAGGAGAGCCGGGAAUCAAGGGAGAUGUUGGGGCUCAUGGCCCGAUAGGGGUGCCAGGGCUAGAGGGACCUGAAGGACCCAAGGGUUUUGACGGUCCAAGAGGCGAAACGGGAGCAAUUGGUCCCACGGGAGAGAAAGGCAAACAGGGGUUACAAGGUUUUAUUGGAUAUCCAGGAGCUAUAGGUGAUAAGGGUGAUAAAGGCGCUACAGGAAGAUUGGGACCAGCGGGAGAAAAAGGAGACAGGGGAAACCCUGGAAGUCCCGGCGAACGCGGAGAGCAAGGUCCGCGAGGAUUCAGAGGUUACAGAGGAAAAAGGGGACAGGACGGCUUGCAGGGAACCAAAGGGGACACGGGACAACCUGGACCGCCUGGACCGUCCGGAGAAGUGGGUCCCUCGGGCCCGGAAGGCCCUAGAGGACUGGUAGGGACUCCCGGCUCGCCCGGAGCCGGAGGAAAAGACGGGGUUCCGGGACCUUCGGGGGAAAGAGGUGCACCGGGGGAAAACGGUUCGCCCGGAAAACCGGGCGAGCCGGGGGUUAUAGGGCCGCAAGGUCCAAUCGGUGAACCGGGUCCGCUGGGAGAACCGGGUAUACCAGGAACGCCGGGGAUACCGGGAGAGCCAGGUUUACCAGGAGAAUCAGGAAAAGAAGGGGCCCCAGGACCUUCCGGGCCAACGGGCAAACCAGGUCCUCAGGGGGACAGUGGACUACAAGGUUUUCCUGGAGAAAGAGGACACAAUGGACCUCCGGGUACACCAGGACUCAAGGGGGACAUUGGACCAGCAGGUUUACCCGGACCACAGGGCGAUAAAGGGGCACAGGGAGACGCAGGCAAGGAUGGGGCCCAAGGGCUCGAAGGAAGAAAAGGACCUACGGGAUCCCCAGGACCUGGCGGUGCCAAGGGAGAGCAUGGCGAACCCGGACCCCCUGGUGUUAGCGGGAGAGAUGGACUUCCUGGGCAGAGAGGAUUAGCGGGCGCGCCUGGGCCUGUUGGACCCCCUGGAGAGGAUGGCGAUAAAGGAGACAUAGGGCCACCAGGCGAGAAAGGAUUUAAAGGGUCGCAAGGAGAAUCUGGUCCAGUCGGAAGUCCAGGACCACAAGGAAUCAGAGGCGAGUUGGGUCCCGUCGGUCCUCCGGGAGAAAAAGGACCGCCGGGAGAGAUGGGACGACGCGGUUCCAAAGGCGAAGACGGUCCCACAGGUUUGCCGGGACCUUCGGGUCCAGCAGGCCCGCACGGGUUGCCGGGACCGCCGGGCAUCAAGGGCGAAAUCGGGGACGUGGGUCAAAAAGGACCGCCGGGCGCCCCUGGAAAUCAAGGAGAAGCCGGCGAGCGCGGUCCCAAGGGGGUCGAGGGUUUGCCCGGGCCUCUGGGACCCGAAGGGUCUCAGGGACCCAAAGGUGACGACGGACCGCCCGGUGUAGCCGGACCACCGGGCAACGAUGGAAGACAAGGCGAACCGGGAGCUCAGGGACAAAAAGGAGAGGACGGUAAAGCCGGCAUACCCGGAAAUCCGGGACCAAGAGGUCCGGUCGGCCCGGAAGGAAGCAGAGGUGCUCCGGGUUCCGCAGGUUUUCCAGGUCCAACGGGCGAACCCGGGUUAACCGGUCUUAAAGGGGAACCUGGAAAAGACGGCGAGCCUGGAAAACAGGGGGAAGCUGGAACGCCUGGAGAUUCAGGACCACCCGGACCUGUUGGUCCGGCAGGACCAGCAGGACGACCGGGACCAGAAGGUGUGGCUGGAUUGCAAGGAAACACGGGUUUACCUGGAGAAAAAGGAGAUAGCGGAACUAUUGGAGCGCCAGGAAUUCAAGGACAACCGGGAUCCCAAGGAAUACCAGGUCCCCAAGGUUUACAGGGUCUACGAGGAUCGCCAGGAGCGGCUGGUGAAAAUGGGCCACCAGGAAAUCCAGGUCUACCAGGUCAAGCUGGAAAGAUUGGCGAGACUGGGCCUAGAGGCCCAAAAGGCGACCGCGGCAGAAGAGGUCCCAAAGGUCAUAGAGGUGACCAUGGAAUUAAUGGGUUAAAAGGGGAUCAAGGCGAAAAGGGUAUAAAAGGAGAAAGGUGUGAACGCGGUCCAGAUGGUCCUAAGGGAAACAUGGGGCCAGUUGGGCCGCAAGGAUUGAAGGGGAACGACGGUCCAACAGGAUUGCCUGGUAUGGAGGGGCCCCCGGGUCUUAAAGGUCAAGAGGGUGUGGCUGGAAACAAAGGAGAAUCGGGACCCAGUGGAGCACCUGGACCCCCCGGCCCACCCGCUGAAAUGCCACUGUUACCACCCGAAAUACUUUUCCAAAGAGAGCUUGUGAGAUCCAGAAGAAGUGUGGAAGACUUGAUUUCUGAGUAUGAGGAUAUAGUUGACACAACGAAAAAGACUGAUACUUCGUAUGAAGAAAAUGUUACUUCCAAUAAAGACGAUAUUAAUGGUAAAUUCUUGGAUAUGUACAAUACAAUUUACAAUAUGAGGCACGAUUUGGAAAAUACUAGAAAACCAGUGGGUGUAAGGGAAAAUCCAGUCAGAAGUUGUAAAGAUUUGUAUUAUGGUCAUCCACAAUUCCCUGAUGGUUGGUACUGGAUAGAUCCCAACUUAGGAAUGAAAGACGACUCCAUCUAUGUUUAUUGCAACAUGACUGCAGAAGGAGAAACUUGUGUUUUCCCAGACAAACACAGUUCCAACAUGCCCAACAUUCCAUGGAGAAAAGAAGGUGCCAAAAAAGAAUGGUACUCCAACUUGAGAGGAGGAUUCAAAAUAAGCUACGAAUCUGUAGGAGUGGUACAAAUGAACUUCCUGAGGUUAUUGUCAGAAGUGGCCUACCAGAACUUCACGUACACCUGCAUAAACAGCGCAGCGUGGCAGAAUCACCAUUCGCACAAAUUCGACACUAGUAUUAAGUUAAUGGGCCAAAAUGAUCACGAAUACUCGCACAGCGGCCCAAGGCCAAUCGUUUUAUCCGACGGCUGUAAGAGUAGAAACGACAAGAGCGAAACCGUUUUCGAGGUUAGGACGAAAAAAAUGCAGCACCUGCCAUUGGUCGACUUCCUACCGAUGGAUUAUGGCGCGCCGAAUCAGGCCUUUGGAUUCCUUGUGGGGCCCGUUUGUUUUAAAUAAGAAAAUACACAUUGGAGUACUCUGUUUAAAACAAAUUUGUUUACUCAUGAUAUUAAUCUAGGUUUAAAUAUUUUCAAUACGUUUAUUUGUUAUAGCACCUAUUUAUUUUUCAUUUUAGUCAAAGAAUGUACAUAUUUAGGUAUUAAGUUAAGUUAUCACUGCCAUGUAUUUUAUAAUUUAAUUAGGGU